AUGGAGCUCCACGGCCAGGGCUCUCUGCCCAGACCUCCAUCCAAGGCAUUGUCCAAGGCCCUCGUCAUCCCUACCAAAUGGAACGCACAGGCAUGGCCCAUCUCGCCAGCCCUGGAACCCGUGCCCAGCACCCUGAUAUCAUCCUGGGCAACGCUCAUCAUGGCCACGGACCACCACGGACCACGGGCCACGGACCACCCAGACCUCCAGGGGGGCAAGGACGAGGUCAAUGCCAUCUCUCCCGACAGAGCAGAACGCUAUAGUAUUAUCCACAUAGGCUUGCCCACUCUAUCAUCCUCCUCGUCCUCAACAAGUUUCAACCCUCCAAUUGCGGAGACAAACAUCAUCUCGUCAGGAGCGCGACUUCACUGUGCAUGGCGACGGAAACUCCCUGCCAUAUCCACAGUCGACGUCGAACCGCCCUGCGAGCAGCUAGCGCCCGUGAUAUCUGCCAUCUACGCGCUCCUCGUGCGGAUAGGCGUUUGUGCCACCAGCUGGAUCGAACAGCGACCCAAGCGCCCGGUCAGGUCCUAA